UAUUUUCAAGUCGGAUUUUCCGUUGCUUUCCGAUUAUUUUAAACCUUCUGGAACACAAAAUGAAAAGUAGAAAUACUAUAGAAUGAUCUGCUUCGAAAAUAAUGGAUAUCAAGGUCUUAAAAUCGACAAAAUAAGCUUCCGAGUCGACAACACUACGACUCUCUGAAGCGAUGCGAAUUGGGGUUGUAAUGUGAAACCGAACUUUCGAACUUCAAGCGAGGCCUGGCGACAAUUAUGAAGAUUCCAGAGCCCGUGAAAAGCUUUGAGAUGGAAAGAGGAUCCUUGAAUGCACCCAAUGCAAAUUCUGUGAAAGAUAAAGGGAAAAGUGAAGACCUCAAGGGCAAAGCAUCUUGUAGCGCAGAAGUAAUUGUAGAUCAGUGUGUUGAUGUCAUGUUCAUCUGUAGCGAGUGGGGCUCCUCGAAAGGUGGAUUAUCAACGUUUAACAGGGAACUUGCUGUGAAUCUAGCGAAGUAUUCGAAAGAAAGAAUCAGGGUUCACUGCUUUGUUUGCCAAAGCACAGAAGAAGAACGACAAGAUGCGAGCAGCAAUGGAAUCCAUUUAAUCACAGCACAGCGCCCUCCUGGAUCUAGUGAUCCACUUGAAUGGAUUCGAUUUCCGCCAUCAGAGCUUCCCAAUCCUGACAUCGUCGUUGGCCACGGUAGAAAGUUUGGUGGUGCGGCUUAUUCCAUUCGACGAAUAACAGGCUGUAAGUGGAUACACUUUGUGCAUGUGUUUUGCGAGGACCUUGGAAAGUACAAGCUGGAAUGCAGCGUUACGGCCGAUGCAAUUGCAGAUAACGAAGCGAAGAACAAACGAGAACUGGAGCUCUGCAAAGCAUCUGACUCAGUCGUUGCAGUAGGCUCCCUACUACAAGGAAAAUAUCAAAGAAGUCUGCCAGAUUUCAAAGUAGAAGUCAUUACUCCGGGGAUUUUCGAAAAGUAUGUCAAUCCAACAGCAAGGAAAUCGAAUAAAUUUGAAUCAUCAGGAGAAGAUGAGUUUCGCAUCUUCAUGUUCGGUCGUGGAAGCUUUGAGGACUUUGAACUGAAAGGAUACGAUAUAAUCGGUAAGGCUGUAGCUUCACUGGAAAGAAAAUUCGAGCUCACUUUUGUUGGUGCACCACAAGAUCAACAACGGAAGAUUGAAAAAUGGUUCCUGGAGGAAACGAAAAUAACACGGAAUCAACUAACCAUCAGAGGCUUUUGUAAUUACGAAGAAAUGAGAGAGAUGUUUCGUCAAGCGGAUGUAGUUGUGAUGCCAUCCCGCACCGAGGGCUUCGGGCUGGUGGCCCUAGAGGCCAUAUCAGCUGGUGUGCCUGUACUGGUCUCUAGGGAAUGUGGUAUAGCCAAAGCCCUUCAAACUGUGGAUGGUGGGAUGGCUGUGGUCAUCCCAUCAGCUUCACCAGAGGAAUGGGCAAAAAAAAUCCAAGAGCUAUCACAGCAAACACCAGAUGAGAGGUAUGCCUCUGCCCUGCAUCUAAGAGAGAAUUAUGGGAAGAGGUACCACUGGAAGGAGGAAUGUGAAAGGUUUAUGAAGAUGAUUUUGCAUGUUGUUGAAGGAUUGUAUAGAAAUCCAGACACGUCAGACAAAACAGCAGAACAAACAAGAGAAAGAAGGACAGGUGGGCAAGGGGAAGUUUUCGCUGCAAAUCAAGACACCUCAAAUAAAACAAGAGAAAAAACAAAGGGAGACAAGAAAAAAGUUCAAGCAGCAGCUUUAGACACUUCAAGUGAAACAAGAGGACAAACACAGGGAGACGAGGGAGUAGUGCAAGCAGCAGGCAAUCUUCCACACAGUGGCUCAGAAGUUGGGAAAAGAGAUGGAAGGGAAGAAAGUGAGUCUGCACCAGCUAAGCAGAAUGUAUUAAAAACUGAAGAGACAAAGAAGAACUUGUUAAGUGGAUUUUUGCAAUCAAUUGCCUGCAAAUUCAGAAGGACAGACAAAAUCAAAAUGCAGGAAAUGCUGGAAGAAAGUAAAGCUCUACACAGCUCCCUAAACUGUGAAGAAACAGAGGGGAAUAAAAAAGGAGAGUCUGUACAAGGUGCAGCUGCAUAUGUUUCAACAAAACAAGCACAGAGAAAUACAAAAGAAGUUUGGACAGCAACAGAAAAAGCUCCAAACACCUCUUUAAAGAGAAAAAGAAUUGAUGGGAAUGAACAAACAAAGUCUGUUCAAGGCGGCACUUCUGUGAGCGAGGACAACAAGGAAUUGAAUCAGUUACACUCUGCUGAAAGAGACAGUAACGUCACUGAGAUGAAAUUGACGCUUCCUCCUGGAUUUUCUGUUGACUUCAGGAACGCAAGAGGCAGAACGCCGCUAAUGAAUGCUGCUUUGAAUGGCAACGUUCAAGCGGUGAAGAGUAUAAUGAAAAGGGGAGCAGAUCCGUCCCUGAUGGACAACAGAGGAUUCAACACGUUACAUCAUGCCGCAGCUGGCGGAGACAGUGAUGUUAUAUCUCUAAUCCAUACUCGCCUGCCCAACAUUGAGUCAAAAACAGGCGAGGGUUACACGCCACUUAUGGUCGCGGCUUUGGCGGGCAAAUUACAUGCAGUGAAAUGGUUUCUUGAGAAGGGGGCAACUGUAGCCUGUGAAGACAAAGCAGGAAGUAACACGUUAUAUCAUGCCGCAGCUGGCGGAGACACUGAUAUUAUAUCUCUAAUCCAUACUCACCUGCCCAACAUUGAGUCAAAAACAGGCGAGGGUUACACGCCACUUAUGGUGGCGGCUUUCACUGGCAAAUUACAUGCAGUGAAAUGGUUUCUUGAGAAGGGGGCAACUGUAGCCUGUGAAAGCAAAAGAGGAUGGAACACGUUACAUCAUGCCGCACAGGGCGGAGACACUGAUGUUAUAUCUCUAAUCCAUACUCACCUGCCCAACAUUGAGUCAAAAACAGGCGAGGGUUACACGCCACUUAUGGUGGCGGCUUUCACUGGCAAAUUACAUGCAGUGAAAUGGUUUCUUGAGAAGGGGGCAACUGUAGCCUGUGAAGACAAAACAGGAGGGAACACGUUACAUCAGGCCGCAGCUGGCGGAGACACUGAUGUUAUAUCUCUAAUCCAUACUCACCUGCCCAACAUUGAGUCAAAAACAGGCGAGGGUUACACGCCACUUAUGGUGGCGGCUUUGUCUGGAAAAUUAAAUGCAGUGAAAUGGUUUCUUGAGAAGGGGGCAACUGUAGCCUGUGAAGACAAAACAGGAAGGAACACGUUACAUCUGGCCGCAGCUGGCGGAGACACUGAUGUUAUAUCUCUAAUCCAUACUCACCUGCCCAACAUUGAGUCAAAAACAGGCAAGGGUUACACGCCACUUAUGGUGGCGGCUUUGGCGGGCAAAUUACAUGCAGUGAAAUGGUUUCUUGAGAAGGGGGCAACUGUAGCCUGUGAAAGCAACAGAGGAUGGAACACGUUACAUCAUGCCGCACAGGGCGGAGACACUGAUGUUAUAUCUCUAAUCCAUACUCAUCUGCCCAACAUUGAGUCAAAAACAGGCAAGGGUAAAACGCCACUAAUGGUGGCGGCUUUGUGUGGCAAAUUAAAUGCAGUGAAAUGGUUUCUUGAGAAGGGGGCAACUGUAGCCUGUGAAGACAAAACAGGAAGGAACACGUUACAUCAUGCCGCACAGGGCGGAGACACUGAUGUUAUAUCUCUAAUCCAUACUCAUCUGCCCAACAUUGAGUCAAAAACAGGCAGGGGUAAAACGCCACUUAUGGUGGCGGCUUUCGCGGGCGAAUUACAUGCAGUGAAAUGGUUUCUUGAGAAGGGGGCAACUGUAGCCUGUGAAGACAAAAGAGGAUGGAACACGUUACAUCAUGCCGCACAGGGCGGAGACACUGAUGUUAUAUCUCUAAUCCAUACUCAUCUGCCCAACAUUGAGUCAAAAACAGGCGAGGGUUGCACGCCACUAAUGGUGGCGGCUUUGAAUGGCAAAUUAAAUGCAGUGAAAUGGUUUCUUGAGAAGGGGGCAACUGUAGCCUGUGAAAGCAACAGAGGAUGGAACACGUUACAUCAUGCCGCACAGGGCAGUGACCCUGAUACCAUUGAUCUUAUCCUUACUCACUUGCCGGACAUUGAGUCAAAAACAGCUGAUGGUGAAACACCUCUUAUCAUAGCUGUUCGUCAUGGUAAGCUGCAGGGUGUAAAGUGUCUUCUUGAAAGGGGAGCCAAUCCUUCGGUUAAAGAUAACGAUGGAAAGGACUCUUUACAUCAUGCAUUAUCAUCGGACUCAGAUAUCUUUGACUUGCUACUGAGUCACGUGCCUAGAAGUGAGUCAACAACGGGCAAUGAUUAACUCAGAUUGCAGAUUGCGUGGUGUUGUCAAGUAGUUGAUGUCCUGGUGUGGCUUGUACUAUACAGGAAAAACUGUCAGUGUUGGAGAUUUUUUGAAAAUGAACACACUCUGAUAACAGCCUGAAGUGUAUGUCUGUACAAUAUUGCCGGUGAUUUUAUUUCUAUGUAGUUAAACGUUUUUAAAAUUGAUAUGAUGUUAUGAAUAUUUCACAACUACGAGGUUGUUUUUUUUACUAGAAGGCAUUAAUUUCGAAGACAGAAGUAAAGAUUUCUGCAAUGUUACCGGCCUCUUUAUUUUUUCCUUAUUUAAGACGUUUUGAAAUUAAUAUGACUAUGUAUAUUUUUCACAAGUAAAUGGGUUUUCUUUUACCAUAUAGCAUUUUUGUAUUAAAAAACACGUAAAUGUAAUAUUAUAGCUGUGAAGUUUUAUGCAAAAGUUGGAAAUAUGAACGUUGAACAGGUUUAUGAACAAGUUUAUGUCCCAAGCUAAGAAUGCGUUUUGAUAACAUUUGUACUGAGCUAAAGUCGAGGUUUUAAAUACUAUUUUAUAUAAUAGUAAAUGGCUUUUACAUUUCACACGAUGUACAGAAUAUCUCAUUUUUCGAGGAAAUUUUUUAAUAGAAUACACGAAGAAAUUUCUGCAUUCUGAUUGGUUGCAAUACAGUUUACAGGUAACACCAAUGCAGAAGAGAGCUAAUGCAGUGCAGAACAUCGUUAAUUCGGUGAAAAAACGAUAACGAACUGUUCAAUAGCUUACAAAAGAAAGGCAUGCCGAAAAUUUUCCCCUUUGACUAAACACGUUGAUUUGACCAAACGCACAAUGGGCUCUUACUUGGUGUAGAAAACACAGUAAACGUCACACUAUUUUUUUCAUUGUUUUCUUAUUUCCGGUUGCAAUGAAAUUCUAUUGUUACGUUUACUGUGUGUUCUACACCAAGUAAGAACCGCAAAAUGAUAAUU